AUGGCGAUGAUUAACACCAGCCCUCCCCCGCGCCUGGGCUGCGGGCGGUCGCAGCGGUCAGCCAGCGCCUUCUGUGUGCCACCAGGCCCUGGCCCGGUCUCCCGUUUGCAGAGAUUUGAAGCCAGUCUCCAGGCUCCAGAGAACCCCAGUAUCCCCGAACCACACGCAUCUCAUCUGUCCACCUGGCUGCUUCACCUGCAGCGUCCACCUGCUCAAGCGUCACACCUGCGCACGUUUUACCCUCUCCAAAAGCCCUCCUUAGGGUCCCUUGCUUGGAUGAACUCUUCAAUUCAUGUAAAUCUCAGUGCUUGUGGAGGUUUUGAAGUUUGUGAUGACAUGGUGACUAAGGAUAUCAUGACCCCUCUGGUUGUGCUGCUAAAAGAGUGUAGUGCUGGACUGGAUUCAAAUGAGAUGUCCCUGCAGGAGAAAAAAGAUCAGAACAGAAAUUCUGUUGAGAACAUAGCCAAUGAGGCUGUGAACGUGCUGUGGAAUAUAUGUGAAUGCAGUAGUAGAGCAGUGUCUAUAUUCAACAAAGAAGGGUGUUUGGAGAUUGUGUUAAAGUAUUUAAGUAGGUUUCCUACCAAUGUUGACCUGGCUAUUUCAGUAGCAUAUUGUUUGCAGACAGUGACUGAGGAUAACCCAGAGCUGCUGAAGUCUUUCAGUGCCACAGCAUUGAACGUGCUGGAAUCAGCACUGCUUUCUCCUGUUAGUUCCAUGGAAUCCCUUCUAUUGAAGACAUUGGUAGCAGGCACAAUUUGGAAUCUAAAGGACAUUAUUCCAUGCAAGAGUCAAGCAGAAAUCAUAAAUGCCUUACUAAAGAUCUUAUCUGAAGUUUUGGGAAUGGAUGCUGGUGAAACAGUUAUUCAAAUGAAAGAGACUGAAACGCAAAGAUUAAAAACUGCUGCAGAGGCUGAGGAAAUAUUAGAGAACACUAAUGGGGAUGAUUUGAUUGAAGAUGAUGAAAUGGAAGGAAUUUCUCAUAAGAGAAAAGUCAGAAGGAAAACUUUCGUUUCAGAUUUACUUCCGCCCACUGACAAGGAGCUGAGAGAGACUAUAGCAUUGCUGACAGCUCAACAGACUGCUCUGGAAAUUAUCGUCAACAUGUGCUGCAAUGAAGAUCCCUCUGAUGACGAAUGGGAAGAACUUUCUAGCAGUGAUGAAAGUGAUGCAUUUAUGGAGAAUUCCUUCAGUGAGUGCGGGGGACAGCUGUUCUCUCCCCUCUGCCUCUCCCAUGAGGUUCACACUGCUCUCACCAACUACCUCAUCCCAAAGAAGAUUUUUGAGAAAACUGCCUUUCCAAACAGCAUUGCAGUUGACCUAUGUUCUAGGAACCCUACUUGGAAACCUUUGAUUAGAAAAAUGAACACUAUUCAGUGCAGAGCCCUCUUCUGUCUCCAGAGUCUUGUGUCCCUCCUGGAUGUGGAGCACCUGGGAGGAGCCGCAGCCCUUCAGACGCUUGCACAGCAUCUGUCACAGCUGCUUUUUUCUCAACCAGAUUUUGCUAAACAUGCUGACUUUCUAGAAGCCAUAAGUAGUGCUUUGAGGGCCCUUUUGCAAACAAUGGCCUCCAAGAACAUUUCCCAGUGCAUGACUCCUGAUCAGCUGAUGACAUUAUGCAAAGCAGGCAUUCAUAGUAGUAAUGUCGGGGUUAGAGUGAAUGUCGUUAGCAUUUUAGGAAUCACUGGCAGCGUCCUUGCCAAAGAAGGUGGUACACUUGAAACUCUUAAGAAUAUUGGGUGCUUUCUACUUGAGGUUACCACCAAAGAUCCUUCCCUUGUGGUAGCAGGAGAAGCUUUGGAUGCCCUCUUUGAUGUUUUUGCAGAUGGUAAAGAAGCCGAAAGAGCCUCGAUUCAAAUUAAAUUAUUAUCUGCUCUGAAAGAAUUCCAGCCGGUCUUUAAAAUGAAGAUACGUAAAGAAGGGAGAGGUAACUAUAGCACAGAUCAGCUGUGUGUUCUUGACAAUGUGAAAAUGAAUUUGAGAAGAUUUAUUGCUUAUCAAGAAACUGUUGAGAAAAGACUGACUUCUUAAUCCCAAAAAGAAACAGUUCUUCCCCCAAAGUAUUCGAUGCUCAGAAUACUAAAAGGUUUUCUUUGAAUGU